AUGGACCAAGACCAGCCAUUGUGGUCAAAGAGGGCGACAGCUGCUCUGGCCACUAGAGCUGAUGUCGACCUCGCGGCGGACCAUCUAGCGAAGAGGCACGAAGAAUUCGAGAAGACGGGCACACUGAAAUUGGAUAGCGGUCUCAAAAUCACAACGGCUGGUUGUCAACCAGUUGAUAAGGAGGAACUCCCAGAUUAUGAUAAUGACAAGGUCCGCGCGGCACUGAAAAGAUUGGGCGACAAGGCGGCCCGUAUGAAAGAACGGGAGUUCUCUGUCAGCGAUGAGACUUCGGAGGACUAUGGUGUAACUCUAGGCCCAGAUGCUGUAACCCUCACUGCCACGCUAUCCUCGCGCGCUGACGCACCCGAGAUGUCUAAGCGUGACUGGAUAAUCAUCCUCCGAUCCGCGUACUUAACAGCAAUGCGCACCGCGAAUGGAGGAAAGGGCAGCGAAAUCGUCAAGUUUGACUUUGAAUGGUCCAAGAGGUGGACGGGAAUAUUUAAACCGAGAAAGUCAUUCAGUGUUUCUCUGAAAAUGACAAAGGCUGGUCCUACUGCCACAUGA